CGGUUAUACUGCACAUUUUGCCAUACAUUUUGAAUCAUGGAAAUAAGCCUAAAACACAAUUGUUGAAUGUUUUUGUUGUUGGCCUGUUCUAUUGUUUUGUUUUGUGAAAAAAUAAAUAACAUGUAUUUCAAUCAAUUGUCAGUGGCAAAUUGUUCUAAAACUUAGCGUUAAGCAUAUUGCUUGUGUGUGAAUCAAUUAGUCAUCAGCAACAUACUCGGGCUGAACUCAAGAAGCAGUACCAGAAUGUCACAAGGCGGUGGCACACCAUCGGCUGGGAAUCCAACAAUCCUGCAUGCUGGCAAAGUGUUCAUACAACGCGACUAUAGCGAUGGCACAUCGGUCAAAUUUCAUACACGGCUUCCCCCUGAGCUGGAGGGCAUGAUCGAACGUCAUGUUUUCGAGGCCACCAUUAACAGGCUUAACGAAUUUUAUGCUGAGGCCGAGGAGGGAUCAUGUGGCACUUACUGCGAAGGUUGUAUAGGUUGUAUUACGGCAUAUUUGAUCUACAUGUGCUCCGAGACACAUUACGAAAAGACGCUGCGUAAAAUAUCCAAAUUUGUUGCUUCCCAAAAUGAGCGCAUUUAUAAUCCAAAGGGACUGCAGUUGAUUGAUCCAACAUUUCGUGGUCUUCGUGUUAUAGAAAUAACCAUAUUUGAUCGUCCAGGGCGAACGUGACUUCCGCUCUCCCAUUCAGCCAAUGAGUUUUUCAUGUGAGACAUCGGCGUUUACUUCAAGAAAGAAAACAGAAAACAAGAAAUGAAAACAAAACUCUACUAUCAACACAACAACAACAAGGAAAAUUGUUACAAAAAAGCAGCAAACAAGUCAAAGCCAUUUCGCCACGCCUUUUUGUGCGUGUGCGUUUAAACCCCCAUAAAAAAAAACAAAA